AUGGUGGUGCCUUCUCCCACCCCAGUAAGAUUAACCAAGAAAACAAAGGCAGUUAGGGUGCCCAACAUUGAUCUUUCUCUCAACAGGUCAAUGCUAUCUGAGCUAGUGGUGAGUGCCUGCGAAGAAUUUGGCUUCUUCAAAGUGGUUAACCAUGGCGUGUCAAAUGAGAUAGUUACGAGGAUGGAGGAGGAAGGGGUGGAGUUUUUCGCCAAACCGGUGGCGGAGAAGAAGCGAGCGGGGCCGGCUAGUCCUUUUGGUUAUGGGUGCAAAAACAUUGGCCCCAAUGGCGAUAUGGGUGAGCUUGAAUACCUUCUUCUUCACACAAAUCCUCUCUCUAUUUCUGAAAGAUCCAUGGCUGUCUCCAAUGACCCUACGAAAUUCAGUGAUAGUGUAAGUAAUUACAUACAAGCAAUGAAGGAAGUAGCAUGUGAGAUUCUUGAUCUAGUGGCUGAAGGCCUUUGGGUCCGUGACAAGUGUGCCUUCAGUAGGCUCAUCAGAGACGUUGACAGUGACUCACUUCUUAGGUUGAAUCACUAUCCUCCGAUGAAUGAUGUCAGUGAUUGGAAUCCAUCACCAAAACUUUAUCAAUGUAAAAACACUCGGAUAGGAUUUGGGGAACAUUCUGACCCUCAGAUCUUGACUAUCUUGCGAUCCAACGACGUUGGGGGCCUUCAAAUAUCUUUGAAGGACGGGUUGUGGGUUUCAGUCCCUCCUAACCCCCGUGAAUUCUGUGUUUUCGUUGGUGAUGCCCUACAGGCUUUGACAAAUGGGAGGUUGGUGAGUGUGAGACACAGGGUAUUGGCAAACUCAAUGAAGCCAAGAAUGUCAACGGUGUACUUCGGGGCUCCACCCCUCAACACAUGGAUCUUUCCUCUCCCGGAGUUGGUCUCACCGGAGAAACCAAGUCUCUAUAAGCCCUUCACUUGGGAGGAAUACAAGAAAACUGCAUACUCCCUCCGAUUGGGAGAUUCCCGUCUCGACCACUUCAAGGUGCACUGUUCGAACAGCAAGUUGACAGUGGAUUCAAAAUCCCUUACCAUGGUUGGACUUUUUUGGAUUCUGGGAAUGCAGCAGCCCCACACAUCCUGUGCAGCCGGGCAAGACCACAAGCAUGAACCACGGAUUCUGGUUCUUGGUUACACAGGAUGCAUGUGUCAUUGUCCAGAACCCUUCUCUUAG